AUGGAUUAUUCUAAGCCUACAGAUGAUGGUCAGAAACAAGCAGAAGCACCACCUCCUGUAGGCCCUCAUGACGUGCACCCUGUACCGCCGACCUCCCUGCACGUUCAGGGAGCCGACCCUCCCGCCCGAUGGACCACCGGCCUUUUUGACUGUUUUGAAGAUGUCCAAAAUAGUAUCAUAACAUGUUUCUGCCCCUGCAUAACAUUUGGACAGGUUGCGGAGGUUGUUGAUAGAGGCUCAGUUUCAUGCGGAGCGAGUGGUGCAUUGUACACGCUGAUAGCUGUGGUGACGGGAUGGCCGUGCUUGUACUCGUGCUUCUACCGAACAAAGAUGAGGCGCCAAUAUGCGCUGCCUGAAAUCCCGUGCCCCGAUAUCCUCGUCCACUGCUGCUGCGAGCCGUGCGCUCUUGCUCAAGAGUACCGCGAGCUCAAAAACCGUGGAUUCGACAUGACUCUCGGAUGGGACGGCAAUGCUGAUAAGCAGAACAAAGGUUUCACAACGGCCCCGGUUGUUGAAGGAGGGAUGAACAGAUGAGUUGUACAUUUAUAUACAUAUAUAGUCCAUUUAUUUAAUUAAAUAAUUGCCCACCACAUUAGGCUCUUUUUGGUCUUGCGAAGGUAGGUUGUAUUUUUGUGGAAAACAUAACUUCUUUUUCUCAUUCUUUGUAGUAGAAUUUAGCGAUGUACAAGACGAAUCCAUGAAAAUAAAUUCAUUCGAUUUGUAUCAUUAUUUAGUACUCCGUAUUUUCUUUUAUUUGAUUAUAAGUUGUGCUUGUUUGCAGUUUGUAUGUAUAGAUCAACAAAUCGCACUAGAUCGAUUUCAUGUAUCAAUAACUCAGUUUUUACUUUCCUUUGAGUUGGAUGAGCUGGAUCGAAAUAAUUUACUAUUUACACAUAACGCCUCUUGACUAUUAGAGAUAAUACUCCCUCCGUCCCCAAUAUGUGUCCCACUUUGAUCCAGUGCAGAUUUUAAAAAAUUGAAUGAAAAGUGGUUUAAAAAAGUUAAUAGAAUGUGAAUCAUAUUUUUAUGUAUUAGUAUUAGUUUAAUAGAGUGAUAAUGAGUUAGAGAAAUCUAGGAUGUACUACUAAAAAUGAGUAAAAUGAAAUAAGACAAUUAAUAUAGAACAUACCAAAAUAGAAAAUUAGAACCCAUAAUUGACCGAAAAAAUGUGAAUUCAGAGAAUUUGAGAGCGGAGUAAGAAGGUCCGAUGAUAUGGAUGUGAUAUAAUAUCAUAAUAUUGUGAGGCCAAGAGAGCAAGGCGUUGGUUGCAUCACACGACAUUGACUAGUUUUUUGUCUGCAAGUUGACUGAGAAGUUCUUUUGGUCAUCGCUUAUUUUAU